GAAGAUUGUAUGUUAGGUUUUCUUUUGACAUUCUGAAAUUUAAUGACAUGGAUAAGAUUAAUCAAACAUUUGUGUCAGAAUUUCUUCUUCUGGGUCUUUCUGGAUAUCCAAAGACUGAGAGCUUUUACUUUGUUCUGGUCCUAAUUAUGUAUCUAGUAAUCCUAAUUGGCAAUGGUGUUCUGAUCAUAGCAAGCAUCUUUGAUUCCCGUCUUCAUACACCCAUGUACUUCUUCCUGGGAAACCUCUCUUUCCUGGAUAUCUGCUAUACAUCUUCUUCUGUCCCCUCAACACUGGCAAGCUUAAUCUCCAAGAAAAGAAACAUUUCCUUUUCUGGAUGUGCAGUGCAGAUGUUUUUUGGAUUUGCAAUGGGAUCAACAGAAUGUUUCCUCCUUGGCAUGAUGGCAUUUGACCGCUAUGUGGCCAUCUGUAACCCUCUGAGAUACCCCAUCAUCAUGAGCAAGGGGGUGUAUGUACUGAUGGCUUCUGUGUCAUGGAUGUCUGGUGGAAUCAAUUCAAUUGUGCAAACAUCUCUUGCCAUGCGACUGCCUUUCUGUGGGAAUAACAUUAUCAAUCAUUUUACAUGUGAGAUCUUAGCUGUCCUCAAACUAGCUUGUGCUGACAUAUCACUAAAUGUUAUUACCAUGGUAAUAUCAAACAUGGCCUUCCUGGUUCUUCCAGUGUUGGUUAUUUUUUUCUCCUAUAUGUUCAUCCUCUUCACCAUCUUGAGAAUGAACUCAGCCACAGGGAGACGCAAGGCUUUUUCCACUUGCUCAGCUCAUCUGACUGUGGUGAUUAUAUUUUAUGGUACCAUCUUCUUUAUGUAUGCAAAACCCAAAUCCCAAGACGUAAUUGGGAAAGACAAGUUUCAAACUUCAGACAAGCUAAUUUCUUUAUUUUAUGGAGUAGUAACUCCCAUGCUAAAUCCUAUAAUCUAUAGCUUAAGGAAUAAGGAUGUAAAAGCUGCUGUUAAGUAUUUGCUGAAACAAACAUUGGAAAAUGCAUGUCUUUGUGUAACAGGUAUAAAGAGGGACUCAUAG